CCCCCGGCGCGCUGUGGGCUCGGCGCGAUGGCGGCGCCGGUGCAGCGGCACCGAGCGCGGUACAAGAGCCCGGGCGGGCCGCCAUGGAGGGAGACGUACCGCAGGCGCUGCAUGGAGCGGCUGAGGAGCAGCCGGGCGCAGCUGCUGCAGCGGUACCGCCAGGCCGGGGACGGGCCGUGCGCCGCGGCCCCGGGAGCGCUGCUGGUGCAGGAGGUGAUGGAGCAGGAGUGGCAGGAGCUGCGGGACAGGCUGCCCGGCCUCGGCGGAGAUCAGCCCAUGGAGCAGAUGCUGGAGGACCCUGAUGAGCUGGCAGUGCUGGAAGAGAUCCAACAAGAAUUGAUCUUGCAAGAGCAGUUGGUUAUUGAGGAGUACGAGCGGAGCCAGCGCUUCGAUGAGGAAUGUCUCAACGCCAUGCUCGACGGCCUGGAUGCCACUGACAGGGUCAUCUGCCCAGUAUGUAGGAAGAACAACCUGACUGUGCAGGCUCACUUGGUUUGUUGCCAGUGUGGACUGUACAUCAGCACACAGGAUAUGACAGAAGGGAAGCUUCGGUCACUUCUGGAAAGCACCUUGACAGAGCACAGCCAGAGGUGCUUGCACAGCCCUGAGUUCACAGUCACCAGUGGCAUGGAGGAGGAAGCCAGUCUGCUCAUGAGCUGCCCAGUGAGUGUAAAUGUCAGGUUCCUGGAAAGGAUUCCUGCUUGGAUCCAUGUCUCAGUUACAUGGACAGAAACCACAAGUCUGUUGAUCCCUGAGGUCUGUGACUCCUGGAUGAUCCUCCUCUAAGGUGAUUCAGCUGCUGCUUUACUUCUGGAAGACUUCAAUACUAAACUUCACCCAGAGCUGCUAGGACUCUUGUGUACAUACUUCUAACUACUGUGUCAAAGACACUUCAGAAGGCAGUAGUAUUGCCUUGACCUGCACUUUUUAUCACACAGGACAUGUUUUGAAAUAAAUAUAUUUAGUUUA